GCAAGGGAGAGGAUGACUUGGCACGGGCAGGAGCUUGGCGAUCGGGUGGGGUUGGGCUGGUGACCGCUCCCGAGCCGUAAAGGGACUUUGGAGGCCCUUCCUGCCCACCGCCGCCUGCAAAUCCCAGGAAAGACGGGCUCUUGGCUUCCGUGGAAGAGGAUGCCACCCCACCCACUGGCCACACCCUGUGAAGAAAGAAGCUAGGUGCGAUUGCAUGGCGUUCAUAGGGUGACAACCGGAAGAUCUGGAGCCUUUAGAAGGGCUUGGGACAGGAGCCAGCUAAAGAUCCCUGGGGGGGACUGGACGGCGACACCUGUCCCCUUGUUCCCAGCGGCUGAAGUGUGUGUGCGCAGGGGUCUUUGGUGACCUACCUGACCGGAAGGGAAAUAAGGAGAUCGAACCUGCGAAGAUGAUAGACUGGUGACCUUCCGACCUUGGAGACCUGAUACAGUUGGGCAAGCCGGUUCUGGAAGGGCGCUGGAGACGUUCUUCCUGGUGGCCUGCCAGAUCGGGCAACACCUAGGAUUCGGCACCCAUGGCAGGGGAAUUACCUGUGGACCUGAGAACCUGGCGGAAGGGAGAUGGCCGAGGCAGUGGGGCCCCCUCGGACAGAGCCGCUUCACCUGAUAGCAGCAGAAAGCCACCGGAGGCAGAGAUCUCUUUGAGCAGCGGGGCCCCACGGACUCCGGGGUGUAAGCCUUCUGGGGAGCCCGAGGGAGCACAGACUUCCCCUUGUCCCUUUACUUCUGGAUCUGUCCUGUCAGGAGUGCGAAGUGCGGCUUCCCCCCAGGCAGGGCUCGAAGGGGAGAAGAAGGCAGAGACCUGUCUGCCCCUGCGGAAGCGCCGCUAUGCCGUGCAGGGGGGCAAUGGGGAGACUCAGGGGCCGCUGGCUGGCAAGGUGCCCAAGACUGAGAACAGUGAGGGGGAGUUGGAAGCCUGGGGGCCUCCCUGCAAUGGCUAUUGUCCCCCUUACAUCUCCAUUGGCUAUCCCAGAUUGCCAGCUGCAUAUUACUCAGGUCUUUCUGCCCCUUUCCUCAGCCCCGAACUGACACCUGUCUUGCACCCCAUGGCUCCACACCAUGUACUGGGGGUCCCCAGUCCCUACUCACUGCUGUGCCCACAACAGACCCAGCUUGCGCUGGACAUUGCCAUGGCAACGAAGCAAGAUGAAGAUGGAGACACGCCCCUCCACAUUGCUGUGGUGAAGGAGAACUUGCUGAUGGCCCGGCGUCUGGUGGGUCUCUUUCGCCAGGGACAUCAGGACUUGGACGCCUUCAAUAACCUGCGGCAGACUCCCUUGCACUUGGCAGUCAUCACAGCCCAGCCAGCCCUAGUGAAACUGCUGCUAUCUCACGGGGCAUCGCCGAUGGUCCUUGACCGCAAUGGGCAGACCGCGUUGCAUCUCGCCUGCGAGCACGGCAGCCUCCAAUGCCUGCAGGAGAUGCUAGAAGGACAUCCCUCCCCACUGGAUCUGGAGGCGCGGAAUUUCGAGGGAUUUACCCCCCUCCAUGUAGCUGUGGCCGCCUCUAACCACGAUAUGAUUCUCACUCUGUUGGAGCAUGGAGCAGAUGUGGAUGCUGUGGAUAUUAAGAGUGGACGGUCCCCCCUUUUGCACGCUGUGGAGAACAAUAAUUUGGAGAUGGUGGAGCUGUUGUUACAGCACGGGGCGAACGUGAAUGCUCAGUCGUACGGGGGGAACACAGCCCUCCACGCAGCCAGCGGGCGGGGCUUCCUGGAUGUACUGCGGCUUCUGGUGCGCAACGGGGCAGACAGCAGCCUCAAAAACUACCACAACGACACCCCAUUGAUGGUGGCCAAGAACAAGAAGGUGACUGACAUCCUGAGAGGAAAAGCCGCCCGGCCUGGCCUGCCACCUGACCACAUCCGCGAGGGGUCCUCCCCAGCAACCAGCAACGCCAGCUCUCCUGGCAUCCGGCCUACCCACCCCAGCCUUCUGCGUGCCUCUCCAGAUUCCUGCCCGACCACUCCGAGCCCUGCCCGGACCCCGAAGCCCCCGAGGCCAGUGCCCUCCCCUACAUCAACCAACCAGAAACCAGACAGCCUGACUUUGCCAGACAGGACCUCAGCCCCUGGCCCCUUAUGUGGCGUGAAACUGGAGAGGAACCCAACCCCGCCCACACCCGAGCAGCCGACAGGUUUCACGGGCACCCCAAAAUUCUUCCUGCCCGUGCCGGAGACCAGGAUGGAUUCUGCAUUCCACAGCGCGCUGUACCCAUUCCCAUCUUCCAACCAUAACCCCACAGCCCAUCAUGUCCAACUGCUUCCUGUUGGCUUAAACCCCUCUGUUAUAUCGUUGCCGCCCGGCCAAAUGCAUCCAACGGGCACAGGGCUGAAUCAGUCACUGAUGCUACUGGCUGCUGAGAACCCUCCAGAUGCGGAUCCCGCAGGGCGGUGGCUCCACGGCAGGGACAGCGGGCCUGGCGACAGCUGACGAAAAAAGAUUAAGGAACUCCCAUCGGCUUCCCAUCACCGGGUGAUUUUGCAAGGGGCGGCACGCUUUAGGAGGCAGCCGCACAAGAGGCUGUGCCAAGGAUUUUUGUCUCUGCUGCUACAGGUUCCUAGUGCAAAACUGGCACAUAUUUGCUGCUUUGGAAAUCAGAAAUCCACUUAACCCUGUUGGGGGUUGAAGGCCGACGUCUCUUCUUCCAUUUGUUUGUAGCAACGCACGACUGAAAAUGAACUGCUGCCUCCAGUAUCACCUCUGGCCCAAACCACACAUCCAGUGGUUCGCCUUCAGUUCACUCUUGCCUCUUUGGGGACAGAUGUUCUGCUAGUCUGAAGAGUUUGAGCAGUGCUGGAAUUGGAGUCCGCUCUCUUUCUCUCCCCCCCCUUCCCAUUGAAAUGGGUUGCCAACUACAGCUUGGGAAGUUCCUGGAGUUUGGGGGGGUGGAGCCUGGGGAAGGCAGAAUUGGGGGAGGGGAGGGCCCUCAGCAGGGUAUAAUCCCAUAGAGUCCACCCUCCAAAGUAGCCAUUUCCUCCAGGGGAACUAAUCUCUGCGUUCUGAAGAUCAGUUGUAAUUCUAGGAGAUCUCCAGGUCUCGCCUGGAGGUUGGCAGCUGUGCCCCUGAAAGAGCUGCACCGAGAUGGCAGCACUAGGAAGGGUUCCAAGGGCAACAAACCUGCCAUUGUGUGUCUCCCUCUAGUGGAGGAGUAUUUAAUUGCACAGUUUCUGGCAAGUAGCAUAUGAGAGAACGUUAUAAGCACCCUGAUUCAUCAGGCCAAAUAUUCAUCUAGUACAGGGUUGUUUCCCCCAGCCACCAGCUAGCUGUUCCCCCCUACCCAGAAGUGCCCAAUCAGGUAGGAAGGCAAUAGUCCCCCUGCGCCUCUUUUCUCCCAGCCUCUAUUAUUCAGAGAUACACUGCCUCUGCACAUGGAGGUUCUUUUUCACCCUCAAGACUAAUAGUUGUUUCCUCCAGAAUCUUGGCCACCCCCAUCUCCUUUUAUAGUCAUCUGCAAGCACUUUGGAGCAAGAAUUCUAGGCGAAGAUCCCACCAACUGGUUCAUCCCCCUAACAUGCAGGAUUUCCUAAUGAUUACGAAACAGUCAGUUUCAAGAACGACAAUCAAAGAGCUGUACAGGAUGUCGGGGGGGGGGGAGAGUUUGGGGUUUUUUUUCUGAAAGCUUUAGAAGAGACAGAGAAAUGCUGGGUACAUUUUCAAGGCUGAAAUUUCAGAAAUUCCCAGAGAACAGCUUGGCUGUUAGAGGAAGUUGUAUGGCUGAAGAUUAUUAGUCAGUAAAAUGAGAUGGGGGGAUGGGUUGUGGCCUCUGUUGAAUAGUCCUUGCAAACAGCUUCGGUCUGUGCAUGCAUCUUACACACUUUCUGGCCCAUUUGAGGGCUGGGCUCCCAGGUGGAAAACCAGGGAUGCCAGAGAAGAGUUAACUUUGCUCCAUCGAGCAAUCCAGAGGAGUCAGCCAUGUUAGUCCGUAGUUGCAAAACAGUAAAGAGUCCAGUAGCACCUUUAAGACUAACCAACU